UUGUUGAAUUUUCUCUGAAGUGAUUCAAUACGAGUCAUGUUGAGUUGUUUAUGUCCGAAGAGUCUCUUUCUGUGGACGGCACACCAGCAUCAGUUUCUGCUUUAUCUUAAAUUGUCAUAAAUUUGUCAUAAAAUUGUAAUGAAAAGAAAACGAACAGUAUUAACAGCACAGCUGUUGAAGAAUAUUGACCCUCAUUCAUGCUUGUAGGAAAAGAAAACAGUCCCUGCAAUGAUUGCUUCCAGUUUUCGAGACUGUGCGGCAUGGAGGGCAGAAGGCCUCCCACUCUCCACCAGCAGUAACCAAGCCUGCAAAUUAUACGAUGCCAUACUCACACAGUAUGUAACAUGGCGUAAUGAUGAGACCCUUGGAGGAAUAGAGGGGUGUAUGGCAGCAGUCCAAGCCGCUGACCCAGACUUUGUGAUGGGUCAUGUGAUCGGCACUGGACUGCAGUUGGUGGGUACAGGCAGUUCAGUGCUGCGGGACCAAACGCUGGCCGGUGCCGUGAGGAAGACGCUGGAUCUGGCCAGCUGCCAGGAGCUCACAGCCCGAGAGAAACAGCACGUCAAAGCCAUCGACCUCUUCUCGAAAGGAGCCUUGGACAAGGCCUGUGAUGUGUGGGAAGAUAUUCUGUUGGAGCACCCCACAGACAUGCUAGCUCUGAAGUUUUCCCAUGAUAGCUUUUUCUAUCUGGGUGAGCAGACUCAGAUGAGAGACUCUGUGGCUAGGGUUCUUCCCCACUGGAAAUCACACAUGCCUCUUUACAGCUAUCUAAAAGGCCUGUAUUCAUUUGGACUUCUUGAAACUCAUUUCUAUGACCAAGCUGAGAAAGUAGCAAAGGAGGGUCUUGCCUUAACUCGUGAGGAUGGCUGGUGUGUCCACUCUGUAGCCCAUGUCCAUGAGAUGAAGGCAGAAAUAGAGAAGGGGCUGAAGUUCAUGGCCUCCACUGAGAAAGACUGGAAGGUGUGUGACAUGUUGGCUUGUCACAACUAUUGGCACUGGGCGCUUUAUCACAUUGAGAAGGGAGAAUAUGAAGCAGCACUGAAAAUUUAUGAAGAGGAGGUGUCCCGUCGCUGUGUAAACUCAGGAGCCAUGCUGGACACGGUGGACGCCUGCUCACUGCUCUACAGGCUGGAAAUGGAGGGCGUCAGUGUGAAAGAGCGUUACCGGGAGCUAUUACAGGUGACUGAGCCCCACUCUGAGGACCAUACUCUUCUCUUUAAUGACCUGCACUUCCUUAUGGUGUCUUUGGGCUGCAAGGAAUCAGGAAUCACACAGCGAUUGCUGGAGAGCCUGAGAGAGCUGGCAAAAGAUCCUGAUGAAAACCUUCAGCACCAGCUUGCUAGCACUAUAGGGUUACCCAUGUGUCAGGCCCUGGUGGAAUAUGAUGAAGGAAACUACAGUAAGACAGUGGAACUGCUGAAACCAUUAAGAUACCGCUUCACACAGAUAGGGGGCAGUGAUGCACAGAGGGAUGUUUUCAACCAGCUACUCAUCCAUGCAGCAAUGAAGUCGCAAGACAAACACCAUCAAAGAUAUGCCAGGUGCCUGCUGGUUGAAAGAGAUGCAGUGAGACUGAACUCCCCUCUCACUGAUCGACUCAUCCAGAGAGCCCACUCUCUACACAUUUAACUGCUGAGUACAUCCACUACAGACCUAUUACUUCAACUGUUACGACUUCCACUACAACUAAUGCCAAAUCAUUUUACUUAUACGUUUCAUUAUACUCUGUCAAAUGUUUUUAAUCACCUCAAGUUUCUUGGCUUUUCUUGCACACAGAGCUGUUUGAAUUUUCCAGCAAUGAAAAUCAUGGGUUUAUAUUAAUGUUCUAAUCUAUUAGUGUUUCAAUGGUAACUCAUAACACAGGGAAUUGUAUGGUGGAUGCAGCACAUAAAUGGAAUCGAAAAGGUGUGAAUACAUUGAUAUGUCUGCGAGACUUUUAUGUAAUAUUUUUGAAAGAAAAAUAUUAUAUAAAAAUAAUGUCAAGCUAAAUUUUUUUUUGUCUUAUUAACUUUAUAAGAGAAAAAUAAAAGCGAGGCGAUUGAGGGAGUGACUGUUAGUGUUAUACCAUGCAUGUACACUUGCAGUGUAAGUGAUAACAGGAACUGACUUGUUUCAUUGAUGUUCUACAACAUUAAAUGUAACUAUUAACAAAUAUAAUGUAUGACGUCAUUCCUUAAUUAGAAAUUUUUUUUUAAAAAUUGUGUGUUGGCAAAUUGCUGUCGUAUAAGAAGAAUAAACCUUUUUGUGCUGUUAUUGGAAAAUAACCUAAAAUGGAGUGGUGUGAUUACCACCCCAAAGUUUAUUAUUUUCCAUUAACCGCCUGUUCCAUGUUUUAGGCCUUACUUAAUCAGUAUUAUGGCCACAGACCAAACAAAAUGAUACAGAACAGCAAUUAAAUAAGGAAAACUAAAUCUUUAUGAAACUCACUUCUCAUCUUUAUGAAACUGCUCGCUCUCAGAGCCUAAUAGAACUUUAAAUGGGUGCUUUAUUAAGGCAGGUGCACUCGGUGGGUAAACCCAAUAAGCCUAUCAAUAAAAGACUCGUAAACAGUGUUAGUGUUGACUGUAAAACAUAAGUGUAUGGUUUGCUGCAAGUGCCUAAUUUGUCAUUUAGAUUUUGGCCUCUUGCUAUCAAAUUCGAUUGAGGUUGUUCCAAAAAAUAAAUAAAUAAAUAAUAUUUCUAAAUUAAAAUGUUCUAGUAUUUAAAAUGAGGACAUUUAAACAAAAAGGUCUAAAAAUGAUCAUAUGAGAAUAUAAAGUUAAUAUGAUUAACAAUCAGUUUAAAAUGUAUUGAUUUUCAAUGGAGUUGAUAUGUUUACUGGAUUUGUCAUGAAAUGCAAUUCAAUAAUAAAAACAUACAUUAUAUUACAUAAUAUGCGUGUGUAGAUAGAUAGAUAGAUAGAUAGAUAGAUAGAUAGAUAGAUAGAUAAUACAAUGUUUGUUUUAAACAGCAUUGGCUUUAUAUUUAUUAUCCCAAAUUUGUCAGCAGAUAAAUUAGAAAAACUAGAUAAAAUUAGAUAAACACAAAAUGUUGUCAGAAAAAAAUAAAGAUCAGUUAAAACUGCACACAUUAAGUAUACAUACAAAUAAGUGCUUUAUUCCUGAACUCUAAUAACCCAGCCAGGUGAAGAGUCCUCUCUUCUGUGAUUUCUACAGCAAUGAGUUAAUCUCAUUCUGGACCUGAGAAACGAGUAUGUGGGACAGCACAAUACCUGCAAUCUGCCGAGCAGAAGCAUAAGGGCCAGAUUUUGGAACAUGGCGCUGGGGGUUUGUGCCCAUUCAAAGCCUGAGGUCAACUGAGGAGACCUGGUGCACAGUAGGCAUUCCAGUGCAUCCCAAAGGUGUUCAGUGAGGUUGAGAUUAGGGAAUUUGCCACAUCAAAUUUGGCAAACCAUGUCUUUAUGGACAUCGCCUUGUGCACAGGGUCAUUGUGAUGAAACAGGAUUUAAGGUCCAUCCAUCCAUCCAUCUUCAACCGCUUACUCCUUUUCAUGGUCGUGGGGGAACCUGGAACCUAUCCCAGGGAACAUCGGGCACAAGGCGGGGUACACCCUGGACAGGGUGCCAGUCCAUCGCAGGGCACAGUCACACACACAUUCACACACCCAUUCAUACACGCCAAUCAGCCUACCAUGCAUGUCUUUGGACUGGGGAGGAAACUGGAGUACCCGGAGGAAACCCCCGCAGCACGGGGAGAACAUGCAAACUCCGUACACACAGAGACGUGGGAAACGAACCUCCGACCCUGGAGGUGUGAGGCGAACGUGCUAACCACUAAGCCACCGUGCGCCCUCAGGACUUAAGGUGCUCCGCAAAAACACUUGGCUGCUGUGCCUAAGCCUUUCUCUGGUAAGGAAAACCCUGCAUAUGAUGGAUGAUUGGGUGGCAGUUUUUCACAUUUUAAAAUCUAAAUUCAUCCACAUUUCUAGAUUUUUAGAGCUCAAAACACUGCCAUCUUUUCAGUCCGGUGGAGCAGGCCUUUAACAAAUUGUUGAAAUAAACAUCAGAGGCAAAGAUGCGAAAAAAUGUAGCUUAUAACAAUGCAGUUUGGGAGAGCCAACUAUAUCAAUUUAUUCUCCCUAUACAUCUUAAAUGAAACAGCAAAUGUUUAGUGUGACACGAAUAAUCUAAAGCAAUGCUUUAUCGA